ACGAUAGCGGCUCGCCAGUGCGCAGACGUCGGUCGCACGCGACACAAUCACAACGUUCUCUGCAUCGCACUGUUGCGAUCUACCGUUCGCGCACUAAUGUUACAUACAAACAACUGAAUACAUAUUUUGAUUUCCGUUUUUAUUAAAAGAAAAGACAAUGAUAAUAAUGCUGUCAAAUUCUAAAAUUUUGUGGGGACUAUGUCAAGUGGUGAGCUACUGUGUAUCGCGAACGUCUGUGCCCCUGCUUCUAGCAGCCGGCGCGGUGUUCCUGGCGGCGCGGCUGAUGGUGGCGCUGCGGGAUAUGCGCAAGCUGCCGCCCGGACCCUGGGGGCCGCCCGUCGUCGGCUACCUGCCAUUCCUGGGAGUGCGCCACAAGACCUUCCUGGAGCUGGCUCGCAGCUACGGCACCCUGUUCUCCGCUCGACUCGGCAAUCAACUCACGGUGGUGCUCAGUGACUAUAAACUGAUCAGGGAGGCUUUUCGACGUGAGGAAUUUACCGGUCGCCCCAGUACUCCACUAAUGCAUACUCUGGAUGGUCUCGGCAUCAUCAAUAGCGACGGCCGUCUCUGGAAAAGUCAACGCCGCUUUUUACAUGAAAAACUCCGUGAAUUCGGAAUGACUUACAUGGGGAAUGGCAAGAAAAUUAUGGAAGGAAGAAUUAAGAAUGAAGUAUAUGAACUGAUGGAAAACCUACACCGAUCUGAAGGUUCACCCAUCGAUGCCAACCCCCUGCUGGCUCUGGUGGUUUCCAACGUAAUCUGCGGCAUCACUAUGUCUGUACGCUUCAGCCACGGCGACGCGCGAUUUGAAAGACUUAAUUUCCUCAUUGAAGAAGGCAUGAGGCUGUUCGGAGAAGUGCAUUAUGGAGAAUACAUCCCUCUCUACAACUAUCUUCCCGGCAAAGCUUUGGCAAAAGAAAAGGUGGCGAAGAAUCGAGAAGAAAUGUUUGAAUUUUACCAAACUUUGAUUGAUGAACAUCGGGACACUUUAGAUGUGAACAAUGCCAGAGAUCUUAUUGAUGUUUAUUUAAUAGAAAUUGAAAAGGCCAAAACUGAGGGCAGGGCUGGAGAGCUAUUUGAGGGAAGAGACCAUGAAUUGCAACUGAAACAAAUACUGGGCGAUCUAUUUUCGGCUGGCAUGGAAACAAUCAAAUCCUCUCUUCUGUGGAUGAUCGUCUUCAUGAUCAGAAACCCUGACGUCAAAAAGCGGGUGCAAGAUGAGCUUGAUGCUGUGGUGGGCCACGGACGUCUGCCUACCAUCGAAGACAUGUCUCAGCUGCCCUACACUGAGACCACGAUCCUGGAAACUCUGCGAAUGUCCAGUAUUGUUCCUUUGGCUACAACUCACUCGCCUACGAAGGACGUUCAUCUAAAUGGCUAUAGAAUUCCAGCGGGUUCCCAGGUAGUACCUCUAAUCAACUGCGUACAUAUGGACCCAAAUCUAUGGGACGAACCAAAAACUUUCAAUCCGAGCCGAUUCAUUGACGAAAAUGGAAAAAUUAAGCGACCAGAGUUCUUCAUGCCUUUCGGCGUCGGACGACGGAUGUGUUUGGGCGACGUCCUCGCGAGGAUGGAAAUGUUCAUGUUCUUUGCCUGCAUGAUGCAUCAGUUCGACAUUCAGAUGGAAGACGGGGCUUGCCUUCCGUCUCUGGAAGGCAUCGUGGGUGCUACGAUCGCUCCGAAAGCGUUCCGCGUGAAGUUCAUCCCUCGUGGCGUCGCGAUGCCUCCCCCGGCCCCGGUACCCGACCACCCCCACUUGCGUCACGUCGGAGCACACUAACCUGCGCCCGCGCAACGCACUUCCGCCUCACACCCACCAGUAUUUUAUGAUCACUCGUUUUAGAGCGCAUCGAUAACCAUUAUUUAAGUAUAUACUAGCAAAAGUAAGUAAGGACAUCGCCUGAGCGAUGGUCGAGGCUGUGCAUAAAGUGUUCAAUUAGCUGACUGAGCAGAACGGUCAACUAACUUUAGAUGUAAUGAUUUUUCCCAUCGUUUUCAUUUAGAGACGUUGUUUGUGUGACUUUGAAGUAUUAAUUACAUUUUGUUAGAAUUUAGUUCUUUAGAGAUAACGAGAAAUCACACAUAUUUUACCUAUGUUACAUGUUACGUUGUAAGCUCUAGUACCUAUACCAAAAUAAAUGUAUAUUCUAGGUCAUUAUUUAUUAGUAGAUAUCAUUUUGAAGAGUGCAUGUUGUGUGUGAUCUCAUGUCCGUUGUGCUGUUGAACAUAAUGGUUCACAAUUGUCCAUCUCUAAAUCAUUGUUUAUGAUUGUGUGUAAGACAUACUCGAACAUAAAGCAAGGCUCGUGGUAAUUCCUUGAAUAUUGCUUUAUAUUCGAAACUGAGACGCGACCGGAGCUAGUCUUAGAUUGAUUCCAUAGUGAUUAGAUUUCUAUACCUAGUAUAUUCUUUGAUAUGAUCAGCACUGCAAUCCUAAUUCUUAGCAACCAAGUUGCUUUCAGAAUCAUUUGCUGUAUUUAGAAGACAGACUAAAAUUCGUUCUUGAACAAAUAUAUAUAUUAUUGUUACUUCUUUGUAACUCCGAUGUACUCCAACACUAUGUCCUGUUCGUUAAGCUUUGUACAUACCUACUGCUGCUGUUUUCUACGAGUGCUGUGUAAUAUCAAAAAUAAAAUUAAAAAGAUGUUUUAAAUUA